AUAUAUAUGACAGUAUACUACAGUAUAUACUAACCUGUCCAUCCAUAUUAUCACCAUUUUCUUAGAAAAACUAACAGUGAACAGUUCGUAAAAUAUGGCUAGCUCAAGGAAUGAAACUAAUAAAGUUUGCUGUUACGAGCAUCCGGAUGAUCCUCUGAUCGAAGAUUAUCGCGCUGGUGAUAUGAUAUGUUCUAAAUGCGGCCUAGUAGUUGGCGACAGAGUUAUUGAUGUCGGUUCUGAAUGGAGAACAUUCAGCAAUGAAAAAUCAGGAGUAGAUCCAUCUCGUGUUGGUGGUCCUGAAAAUCCACUGUUGAGUGGCUCCGAUUUAUCAACGAUGAUUGGUCCAGGAACUGGCGCCGCAUCAUUUGACUCAUUCGGAGCUCCACGUUACCAAAAUAGACGCACAAUGAGCAGCUCUGACCGUGCGUUAAUAAACGCCUUCCGCGAAAUAAACGGAAUGGCGGACCGCAUAAACCUGCAGAAAGUAAUAGUAGAUCGCGCAGAGGCGCUUUUCAAGCAAGUGCACGACGGUAAAAAUUUAAAAGGACGUUCGAACGACGCGAUUGCCUCGGCCUGCCUGUACAUCGCGUGUCGUCAGGCCGGAGUCCCCCGGACAUUCAAAGAAAUUUGCGCGGUCAGUAAAAUAAGUAAGAAAGAAAUCGGCAGAUGUUUCAAACUCAUUCUCAAAGCGCUCGAGACCAGCGUCGAGUUGAUAACCACCGGGGACUUCAUGUCGCGUUUCUGUGCUAAUCUCCAGUUGCCCAACUCGGUACAGAAAGCCGCGACGUACAUCGCGAAGAAAGCCGUCGAGAUCGAUAUUGUACCCGGCAGAUCGCCGAUUUCCGUCGCCGCGGCGGCUAUUUACAUGGCCUCUCAAGCUUCGGAAGACAAAAAGUCACAAAAGGAAAUCGGUGACAUCGCCGGAGUCGCCGAUGUCACUAUCAGACAAUCCUACAAAUUGAUGUACCCCUACGCGGCUAAAUUGUUUCCAGAAGAUUUCAAAUUUGUUACGCCCAUCGACCAGCUGCCGCAGAUGUAAAAUUAUUAAUAUAUAUAUUUGUUAUUAAACUAUAUUCUUUUUUUUUAUGAUUAACAUUCAUAUAUAUAAGUAAGUUAUUCAUUUAAUUUACUUUUCCAAAGGUAUUCCUUCAUCUAUGACUUAAAAGUCAAUACUUUUAUUAUUUUUGUUUUUUAAAUAAAAACAGACUCGACUUACGAGACCAUUAAAUGAAAAAUUUUAUAACGAAUGCAAUUCAUUUUUAAUUUCAUCAGUUCAUCGACUGAAAUGUGCCCGCGGCAACAUAAUUUGGGAAUCCUGUUGCGCGAUUUCUACAAAUGAACUAAUAAUUUGUUUGCUGAAAUUUAAGUUGAAGGAAUACCUCAAUUAUUUAUUGUAAUUACGUAUUGGUAAUUAUAACUAUAAAUAUAGACGAUUUAAUUUAUUGUUCAAGAAAUCCAAACAUUCCCGAUCGUCAAAUGGCAUUAAAAAAUAAUAAACAAUUAAAAAUUUGUCGGGAACGAUUUAUUAGACUGAUGAUAAAUUGACAGUAAAAAAUAAUUUUUAAAAAAAUUACCAUUCUAAGCUGGUAAAUUUAUCAAUAAUAAAAUAUUAAAGGCUAUUUGUUAUUUGUAUUAAAGAAAAUACGAAUUUUCGUGUGAGAAAGUUGAAAACUUUCGAUGAAGAAUUUAAAGAGUUUAUUAGCUAAUUUGAUAAUAUUUUUCUUACCCUCCAUUGUAUUUUAAAAUAGUUAUUAGACUAGAUAGUUUUAAUCUAAGGCACCUUAAAUAUCUCGUUUGCAUCAACAACAAGAUGAAUAACUUUUUAUAAAUGGCAAUGGGAUUUAAUUUAAGUUCUUCCUUAAAUAUUUACUUCAUUUAAUUAUUACGUAUCUUAAAACUAUUUUUUCCGAGUAUUCAAUAGUAUUUUAAUUAAAAGUUAAAAUUCAAACUGAAAUUACCACAAUUUUUUUAGUCUUAA